AAUAGCCGGCUUGUCCUCCUUACAUAAGCGCCAGCAGGUCGCCAGCUCUGCGCCGACAAGUCGACACUCCAGCCUGAGCGGCCGUGCGGCGAGCUCGCAGACCUCCGCAACCUUAUCACCAGCUCGCAGCCUCCGACUACCCGACUGAGCUGACCGACGUGUUAGCGGUGUCCGCGUGUGAGCUGCCUCUGUCCUGUCCUCAGCAGUACAGAACAAGCGCCAGAGGUUACCACACCCACCUAAACUUACUUACAAGGUCGCGCUCGGCGAUGUCGGCGCAGUGCAGGAGCUGUGACUUCGGCGACACGCCGCUGCUGUCGGGCGCGUGCGGCGGCGGCGCGUCGGCGUUCAUGCUGGCGCUGCAGGCGCUACUGCAGGCGCGCUGCGACGUGUCGGACGCGUGCGGCCGCGUCGGCCGAGACUCGGCGCAGCUGCCGACCGGCCGCGCCUUCGACUUCAUCGUGGUGGGCAGCGGGCCGGCGGGCAGCACGGCUGCCGCGCGACUCUCCGAGAGCGGCGCCACGGUGCUGCUGCUCGAGGCGGGGCCCGAGGACCCCACCAUCUCGCACGUGCCCGCCUUCGCCGUCACGCCCAUCCGCACGCACCUCGACUGGAACCUCACCACGGCGGUGCAGCAGAACGCGUGCCUGAGCCAGGGCGGCGUGUGCCGGUGGCCGCGCGGCCGCAUGCUGGGCGGCACCUCCUCCAUGAACGGCAUGAUGUACACCAGGGGACACGCGCUGCUCUACGACGCCUGGGCCGCCGCCGGCAUCCCGGGCUGGUCCUACAACGAGGUGCUGCCCUACUUCAUCAAGAGUGAACGCAACUUGAACCUCGACGAGGUGGAUCCAGGCUACCACGGGAGUUCGGGUCCUAUGGCGGUGCAGUUCUUCCCACACGCGCCGCCCAUGACGGAGGCGAUCAUACAGGCGGGUGAAGCAAUGGGCUACCGGAGGGGCGACCUCAACGGCUUCAACAUGACGGGCAUCAACCGCGCCCAGAUGAUGGUUCUGGACGGCCUGCGGGACGAGCCCAGCCGUUGCUUCCUGCGUUCGGCGGGACGCGCUCCGGGAAGUGGUCUGCGAGUCGUAAUCAACGCUCACGUCACCAAAGUGCUGAUCGACCCUGCCACACGCACAGCGUAUGGAGUCCAGUUCGUCGACAGCGCCGGUCAGCUGAAGGAGGCGAGGGCACUGAGGGAGGUCAUCCUGUCUGCUGGCGCAAUCGGAUCUCCGCACCUCCUCCUGUUGUCUGGUGUGGGGCCCAAAGAGCACCUGCGCCAGUUCGGUGUCCCGGUGGUUCUGGACCUGCCCGGCGUCGGAAGGAACCUGCACAAUCAGGUAUCGGUCGCAGUGCCCUUCCUCACGGAUGAGCCCUUCACGAGAUGCCUUUCCAACAAGAGCGUCCAGGACUUCUUGCGGUACCGAAACGGGACGCUGGCGAGCACUGGCCUGACGCAGGUGACCGGCUUCUUCUUGAGCAAGUACGCAUCCAACGGCGUGCCGGACAUCCAAGUCUUCUUUGACGGCUACAACUGCCGCUGCUCGAAAACGGGAGCGGACGGAGAGUGCGAGGCGGGUGACUCGGGCAAGUGCGGUCCUCGCGUCGUGAGGGCGCGACCCACCAACCUGUUCCCGCGGAGCCGCGGGCACGUGCGCCUGACGAGCGCAGACCCUCUGCAGCCGCCAGAGCUGCAGCCCAACUACCUUCGCGAGAAACGCGACAUGGACGUGAUGAUCGACGGCAUCCGUCUCGUACAGCGCAUGGCUAAGACUCCGCCACUGAAGAAGCUCGGCUUCCGUCUGGACAGCAAGCCUUCGAAGGGAUGUGAGAAGGUCCCCUUCGAUUCGGACGAGUACUGGCGGUGUGUGGUACGAACGGCGACCGGUCCCGAGCACCACCAGGCCGGGACCUGCAAGAUGGGCCCUCCGCACGACCCAAUGGCUGUCGUGGACGAGCGACUGAGGGUGCGUGGCAUACGAGCAUUGCGCGUAGCCGACGCGUCUGUUUUCCCUGUGGUUCCCAACAGCAACCCAACGGCCGCCAUCGUAAUGACUGGCGAGAAACUGGCCGACAUGGUUCUGCAGGACACAGUCGCCCACACUGCACACACCGGUGGCCUGACUUCGCGCUCCGGUGUCGUACCUACCAGAACACACCACGGUUUUGCAGUACGUUCCCCAGCCCUUUACCAGUUCCACGCUUUCUACGGCUAG